CCUCCUUCAUGGCCGUAGAGAAUUUAUAGGACAAUAAACUCUUCUUUGACCAUCCCUUUACACCUCUCUCUAAUCUCUCGGAAGAUAAAAGGCUAAAUUAAGAGAGAGAAAAAUAUUACUUGUCUCAUUAUCUGUGUGUUUAACGUACGAGAUGGGAAACUGUGCCAUCAAGCCAAAGGUUCUCAAAGAUAAUGACGAGGAUCUUGUCCCGGUAGAGCGAGAUACGGCGGCUCCUGUUGAUCAUGACAAGGAUACGGCUGACAAGAGCGAGAAGAACAAUGCUCCUAAUAACGCCGCGGAGGAAGAAGCAGCUGCGGCUGCUGCUGCACGACGGAGCGAGAAGGGAAAAGAGAUUUUGAUUGAAGAUGACGUGGACGAACACAACAAACGCCCAUCUCUCAGUCACUUGUUUCAUGAGGACAAGGUAAUAGUGGAGAAAGAAGUAACCGAUCUAUCUCCGGUAAAACCAGAUACCAAUGACAAAACCGGUCCUUCUUCAGAGGUUUCAAAGCUUGUUACUUCUGCUCUAACCGCUCCUAUUGUCAAAGCUCCAGAAGAAACCUUUGACGUUCAGACACGAAAUGACCUCGAAGUUAAGAUUCCAAAAGAUUCUCAGGUUAAGACUCCUGAAACUCCUAAAGCUAAGGAAGCUGAAGAGAAUUUUUCAGAGAAUUGGGAAGUUAAGUUUCCAGAGGAGUUGGAAGCUAAGAAAACAUCAGAAGUUGUUAAGGUUGGCGGAGAGUCAAAACUUCAAGAAGCAUCUGAGGUUUCUGCUCCUAAGUUGUCUGAAAUUAAGGUUACAAAAGAAUCAAAUGUUCCUGAGGUCUUGGAGGAUAAGAAUAUUCCAGAGGUUUCUUCUGCUCCUGAACUGUCUGAAAUUAAGGUUACAAAAGAGUCAAAUGUUCUUGAGGUCUUGGAGGAUAAGAAUAUUCCAGAGGUUUCUGCUCCUGAAUUGUCUGAAAUUAAGGUUACAAAAGAGUCUGAGGUCUUAGAGGAUAAGGAUAUUCAAGAAGUUUCUGAAGUUAAGAGUGAUGAAGUUAAAGCAGCAGAAUCAGAACUUUUAAAGGUUUCAGAAGUUAAAUCUACAGAGGAUUUAGAGAUUAAAGUACCAGAAGUUUUUGAAGCCAAGACUCCUGAGACAUCAAACGUUAAGGUUACAGAUGAAUCGGAAGUUAAGGUUAAAGAUGAAUCAGAAGUUAAGGUUAAAGAUGAAUCAGAAGUUAAGACUGAUGCUAAGACUGCAGAAGAGACAGAAGUAUCAGAGUUUAAGGAUGCUCAAGAGACGAUCGUUACAUCUGAGGAAGACAAAGAAACUGUGUUGCCUAAAACAGAGGAAGAAGCAAAAGAUGUGUCUUUGGAGAAGCAGGUCAAAGAGUCUUCCACUACGUUGUCUGAUUUAGGAACCAAAUGAGUCACGAGAGACUACAGAGAAAUUACCAACCAGGAGUAGCUAAAAUGAUAUUCUUUUUAAAAACCAUGUCAUGGUUUUAUAAAACAAAACAAAACAAGAAAAACGAUUUAGCAUUCUUUAGGCAAUUUCAGUUUAUGUGUUUGAUAUCUCUUAUUGUUGUUUUUUUUUUCUUUUCUUACAAAAAUAUGGUGAUUUUUGCAUGUCCCCAAGUUGUACACUUUGCA